CGCUGCCACGCAGUGCUCCCGCCUCGGCGCCAGAGGGGCGCGGGACGGUGCGGGCGGCCUCCCCGCCUCCACGCGCGCGCACGCCCCGCGCACUCCCGCUGCUUCGCCCAUCGCGCCACGCCGCGCCGCGCAGGCAGCCGCUCGCAGAGCCAGCAACCGGGGCCCUGGCGUGCAGCGCGGGCCUCGGCGGGGCCCAGCGCCCCGGCCCGGGAGGAUGCGGCCCGGGGCGGCCCGGGAGCUGAGCAGGGCCCCCGCGCCGGCCCUACCGGGCCCCGGCCUCCAAAGCCGCAGCCGUCGCCCCGCCCCCGAGAGAAAUGACUUCCAAACCGCAUUCCGACUGGAUUCCCUACAGUGUUUUAGAUGAUGAGGGCAGAAACCUGAGGCAGCAGAAGCUUGAUCGGCAGCGGGCCCUGCUGGAGCAGAAGCAGAAGAAGAAGCGCCAGGAGCCCCUGAUGGUGCAGGCCAACGCAGAUGGGCGGCCCCGGAGCCGGCGGGCCCGGCAGUCGGAGGAGCAAGCGCCCCUGGUGGAGUCCUAUCUCAGCAGCAGUGGCAGCACCAGCUACCAAGUUCAAGAGGCCGACUCACUCGCCAGUGUACAGCUGGGAGCCACACGCCCGACAGCACCAGCUUCAGCUGCGAGAACCAAGGCAGCAGCCACAGCAGGGGGCCAGGGUGGCGCCGCUAGGAAGGAGAAGAAGGGAAAGCACAAAGGCACCAGCGGGCCAGCAGCACUGGCAGAAGACAAGUCUGAGGCCCAAGGCCCAGUGCAGAUCCUGACUGUGGGCGAGUCAGACCACGCCCAGGACGCAGGGGAGACAGCAGCUGGUGGGUGCGAACGGCCCAGUGGGCAGGAUCUCCGUGCCACGAUGCAGAGGAAGGGCAUCUCCAGCAGCAUGAGCUUUGAAGAGGAAGAGGAGGAUGAGGACGAGAACAGCUCCAGCUCCUCCCAGCUAAACAGUAACACCCGCCCCAGCUCUGCUACUAGCAGGAAGUCUGUCAGGGAGGCAGCCUCAGCCCCUAGCCCAACAGCUCCAGAGCAACCAGUAGACGUUGAGGUCCAGGAUCUGGAGGAGUUUGCACUGAGGCCAGCCCCCCAGGGUAUCACCAUCAAAUGCCGCAUCACCCGGGACAAGAAGGGGAUGGACCGGGGCAUGUACCCCACCUACUUUCUGCACCUGGACCGUGAGGAUGGGAAGAAGGUGUUCCUCCUGGCGGGAAGGAAGAGAAAGAAGAGUAAAACUUCCAAUUACCUCAUCUCUGUGGACCCAACAGACUUGUCUCGAGGAGGGGACAGCUAUAUCGGGAAACUACGGUCCAACUUGAUGGGCACCAAGUUCACUGUCUAUGACAAUGGAGUCAACCCUCAGAAGGCCUCAUCCUCUACUUUGGAAAGUGGAACUUUGCGUCAGGAGCUGGCAGCUGUGUGCUACGAGACAAACGUCUUAGGCUUCAAGGGGCCUCGGAAGAUGAGCGUGAUUGUCCCAGGCAUGAACAUGGUUCAUGAGAGAGUCUCUAUCCGCCCCCGCAACGAGCAUGAGACACUGCUAGCACGCUGGCAGAAUAAGAACACCGAGAGUAUCAUCGAGCUGCAAAAUAAGACGCCUGUCUGGAAUGAUGACACACAGUCCUACGUACUCAACUUCCAUGGGCGUGUCACACAGGCCUCCGUGAAGAACUUCCAGAUCAUCCAUGGCAAUGACCCGGACUACAUCGUGAUGCAGUUUGGCCGGGUAGCAGAGGAUGUGUUCACCAUGGAUUACAACUACCCGCUGUGUGCGCUGCAGGCCUUUGCCAUUGCCCUGUCCAGCUUCGACAGCAAGCUGGCGUGCGAGUAGAGGCCUCUUCGUGCCCUUUGGGGUUGCCCAGCCUGGAGCGGAGCUUGCCUGCCUGCCUGCUAUGGAGACAGCCCUGCCUACCCUCUGUAUAUAGGCCUUCUGCCAGAUGAAGCUUUGGCCCUCAGUGGGCUCCCUGGCCCAGCCAGCCAGGAACUGGCUCCUUUGCCUCUGCUGCUGAGGCAGGGGAGCAGUGGAGAGCGGGUGGGUGGGUGUGAAGGGACGAGAGUAAUCUUUCUGUGCCCCGAGAUCAACACACACCCCAACCCUUGGGGUAGUGUGUUGCAGUCGUGCUUACCAAGCUGAGCAACCUUUUCGGCUGGGAAGGCCGGAAGAGGCAUAGAGGGAGAGGAAGCACAAUGCAGGGCUGCUGUGGCCCAGUCAUCCGCUCAGCCAAGGAGUCAGAUGGCAACGGGUACCCCAGCAGGUAGGGGCACAGUGAGUGUGUGUAUGUAUGAAGGCCACAUCCACUUUAUGUAGCAAAGGGCUUGGUUUCCGAGCCGGGCCCUGUCAGGACUGGAGGGUCCUGGCUCACUGUGGCUGUGGGAAUCAGCUGGUAGCUAGGGUUCUAGCACAUUUCGUUUCUCCAGGUUCGCUCUGUCUCAGAGGCAGCAGGGACCCAGAUGUCAAGGCUGACUGUCUUAGUAGAUGGGCCCUGCAGGACGCAGGGUCAUCAUGCAGAAGUGCAUGAACAGGGUCUCUGGAUCAGGGUUGUUCUGGGAGUCCUGUCAGCUGCCCCAGGACCUCUCUGCUUAGCAGCCCAGCACAACCCCAAGGAAACACAGAUGGGGUCAAGGUCACCAGCCUGACUGCACACAGCUAGGCAUGCCUGGGGAUCCUGCUGGCAGAGAACCAUUCCCAAGCCAUGAUGUGCUCCUAGAAGAAUCUCCUCUCUCUCUCUCUCUGGAAAGACCCAACUCUCACUGCUGUCAGCCAAGUCAUGGUUGGUAAAACCUUCUGAGUGUGGUUCUUGGGAGGAAAUGGGACAGGGUGAAUAAAGCAAGGACUAUUUUAGAACCACAAGAGAUCAGUAGUGGCAGAACCCUUAGGGAUCAGCUAGUACAACCUUACUGCUUUAGGUGAAUCACUCUCAGAAAACAGGGCUUGCCCUGGGUCACCUAGCUGGUUAAUGACAGCAUUCACAACCUCUGGUUCUCUUGAUUUCUUUGUUCCCACUGUCCCCCAAGAAACUAGUGUCUCUGGGUCUCUAGCCUCCUGGGGCCCAUUCUGCAUGCCCUCCCCACUUCCCCUGAUUCCAGAGACUUAGAAACAUCAGAGUUGAUACAUAAGAUUGAUACCAUUCCAGUAGGAAUUCAGGCAGUUCCCUGUUGAAAGUUGGUUUUUUGCACAAGUAUGAUCCAGGAUUGGCCUGUGUCUGGCCCCUCCGUGAGGACUGCUCAGCGGUGGGCAGGCUUUAGUAAGGCUGCGGCACGCUUCUCAGUUUAGGUGAGAGAGAGUGCAUAAAGGUUUUGGGGCUGGGCCCGAUUACUCCCUCCACUGCCACUGCUGUUUCUCCUUGGAUGGCACUAUCCACCGUGCAGGCUUGGGAACUCGAAGCUCGAGCUCUUGCUCAUUUGUCAUUUACCCUGGUGGAAGCUUCUUGCCCAGACAGAGAUCAGGAAUCAGUGGGAAACAAGCAGGAACUGAACCUUGCUUUAGAGUAGAUAUGUUUGGAAGAGCUAAGCAGAAAUUAAUUUUUAAAAAUAAAAGUUGUAUUUUAAACAUGGUAGGCUUUAUAGGUGAAGGACUUGUUUUGACUUAAGUAGAAGUAGUAUGCUAUCAUUUCUUUGUAAUCUAGAGUUUCCUAUGUUGAAUGCUUAAAGCAAGGCAUACCUGUUCUAGCAGGAUCUUCCCACGCCUCAGCCAUACAUCUCUGUGAGAGGCACCUCCAAUGAUUCACUUUUGCAACAUGGUCCAGUUUCUAGAGCGCAUUAGAACCUUCUGUGCCAGGGCUGGUGAAACAUCAUGGUGCCAUCCUCCUUUCUACAGUUCCAGUUUAGCCCCUCCUUCCCUACCUUUAAGGAGAAGAGAUCUGCAUUGUGACAUUUGAGAUGAUGGAUACUAGGUCAUCUCUAAUGUUUGGUCAAGCUAUUUCUCUGGAUUUGUGAUUUUAAGAUAGAACAGGCUGGUUCUGAGUUCUGGUGAGACAGAGACCUUGGUAGCAGUGGAAAAAGAAGAAGCACAAAGGAAAACUCUUGGCCUCUGCUUUCGCCUGUAGCAUACGGAAGAGGGAGCUGGCUGGAUCUUUUGGUGGGGUCAGGAAACAUGGGCUGAGCUUUCUAGACUGAGUGUGGAGAACGGUAGCCUCAGCCACAAAACUCUUGUCAGGCAUUGAGUGACAGGCAUCCGCAGCUGAGUGCACUCCUGGAAAUGCUGGUUUUCCUUGACCACUGGCCGUGGGCCAUGGGCACAAGUACUCCUAAAGCUGCUCUAGGGCCCCUGGAAACCACCUGGGUUCAGUCUCUGACAGAGUUCUUGGGCCCUUCAUACCUUCUACCUGGAUGGAUGGUCCUUGAUUGGGCAGGGAAUCAAUGACAGAAUGAGCAGUCCCUAACUGUAUUGGGCAGUUGGGACCUUAGGCAGCUUUUCUCUAACUGCUCCUGGGACCACACCCCAAACUCUACACCCUCUGCCCCCAAACUGUUCUGCAGAGUGGUGAAGCUCACUUCCCCAACUCUUCUCCAAGUCUAGCUUUUCUUUCCCUUCUGGCUCCAAGGUGCUCUGUGUCCGUCUGUGUAUGUGUGUGUCUGCGUGUCUCUGUGUAUACUGGGGAAAAGGGCAAUCAGUAAUCAACUGAGGUUUCUUAAUUGUGAUCAUAUUGCUAAGAAAUGAGUAGGAAAGGAAUAAGGAUGUUGUUAUGAUCGCCUGUGGAUUUUGUCCAUUCAUUUCAUGCUCUUUGAACAGAAGGUAUACCUGGGAAAAUACCAGCUUUUUCUCUCAGGGUUCUGAGAGGACACCAUCUAAGAAAGGUGUUAGCUUUUCAGUUCCCUCUCUCCAUUGCCUGAAGAAAUUGGUAUGUUGCACAUAUGGAUGAAAUGGAACAUAUUCUAGUGAAUGUGCCUUAAAAAUCACGACACUAGUUCAGAGGAAGCACAUAAGGUCCAGACCUGUGGUGAAGACAGGUGUUGGAAGCCAGGACUGUGAUAAUCAGAAGCUGUAAGAGAACUUUUGGAGCCUGCCUCCUUCAGUGACAAGUAGGACACAAAAUUAUAAAAGAAGAACUUUUUUUUUCCCUCAUUCUGAAAAUAGCAGGACAUUUACCUCUUAAAUAAACUUAGCAUUUAGAGGUAGUUCUAAAUUUAACAAGUGGCAGGGUUGAUUUCAAAGAAAAAGGUCCAUGCUUUGCUUACAAUGGAGUCUGCAGUGAGGGGAGAUGCUGGGAUAGCCAUUUCCAUGGCUCUGUUAUGCAAGCACAAAUUCCAUCUCCUAGAUGGACUUCCUGGUUUUCUCCUACUGCAGUAACACUGGCCUUCUCUUUUCUAAUUCCUUAUGCCAGCUGCGGCAUCCCUGUGUCAACUCAGGUUGCCAAGUGGUCCUGAAUACACUUCUCCACAUAGCUGAAUGAGUCUGCUUUCACUGAGACUGGGACCUGAAUGACCUGUAGUUAGGGCCCAGAGUUGGGACACUAUACUACCUGGGGCUCUGGUCUGUGGGCUUGUAGUAGCCAUCAGUAACAGGCCAAGAGCUGGGCUCUUGUUUGAGUUUAUGGCCACCUGGAAUCUUCUGUCAUCUCGGGACACAGCGGGGAGGGGCAGAACAGACAUAUUAUGACAGGUUUGGUUUUUAAAUUUUCCAACCAAGUGAAGAGGCAAGUUGGUCUUACAGAAUGCACUACUGCACUUAGUAGCUAUGUGAUUUUGAGCAAUCCACAUAAUCUUUCUAGGUCCAUUUUCUUAACCGCAAGAUGAAGAUGUUACAUUGUCAAAGCUUGCCGUAGGAUUUGGAGUGAAUGAAAGUUACUCUUUGCUUUCAUUACUACCUUUAUAGCUCAUCACUGUGCCUUUUUUCUUUCCUAAGAAAGACAUCACAUCCCUCUCCUUCUCUGUGCUCCUGUCCCUCCCUCUCCCUAGCAAGGUCCAGGCAAAGCUGGAGAAGAGGCUGAGAUCCAGAGUUUCCUAGAAGGCAACUUAGAAUGACUAGGAAAGGGAAGCCUGACUGCUGGUCAGGAGGGGUGAAGUUUCUUGCUGGGAACACAUAGCCAGUUUUCACAAUGCCUAGAAUGUGUAUGUCUGUUUGCACAAGAUUGUCUUUUCCUAUUUUGGAGUGGUCAGACAUUUUAUUUUUGUUCAAGAUUAUCUGGAGUUUUAGAAAAAUCUGUGCUUUUAUUAAGUGAAUUUUUGAAUAAACUUCUUUGGUAUUCUGGAGCAAAUGUAUUUAUUUAUUGGUAUGUGCAAUGACAAACUUGGUAUUUUCCCAUGUUGACAUUAUGUAUGUUGUAGAAUUUAGUGUUUGUCUAAGUACAGACAUAUAUCAAUACAUUAAACUUGAACUGUUUCAACA